GUCGACGGCAAGCCCAUCCUCUCGCGCGCCGCCUCGGUCGCCCCGUCCGCCGUCUCGGUCGACUCGGCGCGCGACGCGCCGUACGACGCCAUGGUCAGCCCGCUCGAGACCGGCACGACGCCUGGGCGCGAGGGCUCGGCUUCGGGCAGCGACGCAUGGCCGAGUAACAAGCAGGUCGAAACCCUCGAUCGGCAGCUCGCCUCGCUCGCCGUCGACGAGCCGCCGGCGCCCGAGCCCGAGUCGACGAGCUCCUCGGUUCCCGACGCGGCGUCCUACUCGCAGUACAUCUUCGGCGAGGGCACGUCGACGCCGGUCGAGCCGGAAGGCGCGAGCAGUGCGCCCUCGUCCGAGCGCCCCACCUCGCGCGGCUUCCGAGCCUUCAACGGCUCGAGCGAGGACGGCGGGUUCGGCGCGACGGACGACGCCGACAGCCUGCGAGGGACGUACAGCCGCAGCGUCGAGGUGGGAGAGGGCGAGGACGGCGAGACUGAGACGGGCGCGAGCACGCCGGCGACGGAAAGGACGGUCGGAAUGGGCGAGCACCAGCGGUCAGAGCGCGAGGGAUCUGCUCCACUGCCGCCACUACCCGCCCAGUCGCCGACCAUCCAGGGCUCGCCUCGCAGCACCCAGCUCGGCGGCUCGCUCGGCCCGACCUUCAUCAUCACGGUCGGCGACCCGCAGACGGUCGGCAGUGCGCUCAACCCUGCCGCUCAGCACACGGUAUACACGGUCCGCACCCGGACGACUUCCUCGGCCUACCGCAAGCCCGAAUUUGCCGUUCUGCGCCGCUUCAGCCACUUCCUGUGGCUGUACGACGCCCUGACCCAGAACAACCCGGGCGUCAUCGUUCCCGGCAUGCCCGAGAAACACGCCAUCGGUCGGUUCGGCAGCGAGUUUGUCGAGAACCGCAGGCUCGGCCUCGAGUCGGCGCUCAACAAGAUCGUCUCGCACCCGAUGCUCGUCGGCGACCCCGACCUGCGCCUCUUCCUCGAGAGCGAUACGUUCCACAUCGACAUCAAGCAGCGCAAGAUCGACACGACGACCGAGCACAAGGGCUUCCUCGCCAACCUCAGCAGCAGCAUCUCGGGCCCCAAGUUUACCGAGUUCGACGACUACUUCGACCAGCGCCGCCAGCAGCUCGAGGCGUUCGAGACGCAGCUGCGCACCCUCAUCGACUCGCUCGCCAAGGCCGCCAAAGCUCGUCAUGCCCUCCAGGGCUCGGUCGCCGAGCUCCAGUCGGCGUUCCUCGCGCUCGCCCAGUGUGACCUGUCGUCGUCGCUGCGCAAGCUCCUCGACGAGGCGGCGACCGUGCAGAAGAAGCUGUACGACCUGUCCGAGGCGCAGGCGGCCGACGAGGAGAAGAUUGACGGCCUGACGACGGUCGCCGAGAGCUACGCCCGGCUGUGUACGAGCGCGAGGGGCGUGUUCGGCGCGCGCAUCAAGGCGUACCACACGUGGCAGGCCGCCGAGGCCAACUUGCGCAAGAUGCAGACGGCGCACGAGAAGGCCAAGCGGUCGGGCCGGACCCACUCUGAGCUCCUCAACCUCUCGGUCGCCGAGAUUGCCGAUGCGGAACGCAAGAUGCUCGAUGCGCGGCACGACUUUGACGACGUGUCGAAGCUCACCAAGGCCGAGAUGGCGCGCUUCGACAAGGAGAAGGUCGACGACUUCAAGAAGGCCCUCGAGGACUUUGCCGACUCGCUCGCCGCCCGUCAACGUGUUGUCGUCGCCACGUGGCAGGAGUACUACGACCUCCUCGCCGCCGCCGUCGAGACGAACAAGGCCGCGUCAGAAGCUCGAGCGCACACGUCGGCGGCGACGCCGUCCUCGUCGUAGCAGUGUGUCCCCUCGCCCGGCGCAAGCCCACGUUCGACCCGCU